CAUCACACCCUCCCUCUCUCUCUCUCUCUCUCUCUCUCUCUCUCUCUCUCUCUCUCUAAAACCAGACAUUCUCUCUCUCUCUCUCUCUCUAAAAUGCCAUGUCUCCAUUCACCAUUUUUCUCACAACCAUCCUCCUCAUCCUCCUACACCACCACCGAGUCACCUCCGAUUUAACUCAGGAAACCCAAGCCCUCCAAACCUUCAUCAACAACCUCCCACACGACUCUCGCUACUCAUGGAACCCAUCACAACCCAUCUGCACGUGGCGCGGCGUCACGUGCGACCCCACCAACUCCUCCGUCGUCCAGCUCCGCCUCCCCGGAGCCAAACUCGCCGGAAAAAUCCCCAACAACACCAUCGGAACCCUAACCCACCUCCGCACACUCUCCCUCCGGUCCAACGCACUCACCGGAACCAUCCCACCCGAUUUCUCCAACCUCGUUAACCUCAAAAACCUUUUUCUCCAACACAACAACUUUUCCGGCGAGUUUCCGGCGACCCUGUUGAAAACCGUUGGCUUAAUACAUUUAGAUCUCUCCGUUAACAACUUCUCCGGCGAAAUUCCGGUCAAAGUCAACGACUUAAAAAACCUUACGAACCUUUUGUUACAAAACAAUAAAUUUUCCGGCGAACUUCCGAGCAUUGACCUGGAGAGUUUAGUCAACUUCAAUGUUGCUAAUAAUAACCUAAACGGCACCGUUCCAAUGACGUUAUCUAAGUUUCCAGUGACGUCAUUCUCCGGUAAUAUCAAUUUGUGUGGUAAUCCGUUACCUUCUUGUAAUAACACAGUGGCUCCAUCUCCGGCGCCGGUAGUCGGAAAAAAAUCUAGCAAACUCUCACCGGCGGCAAUAACCGCCAUUGCAGUUGGGUCGGCGUUAAUACUCGCAAUAAUUUUAUUAAUUGUUUUAUUAUGUUGUCGGAAUAAAACAAAAACGGGUCAACAAAGUAAGCAAGUUUCAAAACCGGUUCAACCGGGUGGUUACAGAACCGGUGCGGAUGUUGGAACGACGUCGUCUUCGAAGGAUGACGUAACGGGUGCGUCAGCGGAGAGUGGGAGGAAUAAACUGGUGUUUUUUGAGAAUAUUUAUGGGUUUGAUUUGGAGGAUUUGUUGAGGGCGUCAGCUGAGGUGUUGGGAAAAGGGAGUGUUGGGACUUCGUACAAGGCGGUGCUGGAGGAGGGGACGACGGUGGUUGUGAAGCGGUUGAAGGAUGUAACGGUGACGAAGAAGGAGUUUGAGGUGCAAAUGGAGGUUUUGGGGAAGGUUAAGAAUGAGAAUGUGGUUGAGUUGAGGGCUUAUUAUUAUUCUAAGGAUGAGAAGUUGCUUGUUUAUGAUUACUUGCCUGCUGGUAGCUUGUCUGCUCUUCUUCAUGGAAGUAGAGGUUCAGGCCGAACGCCGCUCGAUUGGGAGCAUAGGAUGAGAAUCGCGUUGUGUGCCGCUAAGGGAAUCGCCUACUUACACGUGGCGGGAAAAGUGGUCCACGGCAAUAUUAAAGCAUCCAAUAUCCUCCUCAAACAAGACACCAAUAGGGAUGCUUUAGUGUCAGACUUCGGCCUCAACACCCUCUUUGGCGGGUUGACCUCCCCAAACAAUCGUGUCACAGGCUAUCGGGCCCCAGAAUUACUCGAGGCCCGAAAAGCCACAUUCAAAUCCGAUGUGUAUAGUUUUGGGGUGUUGUUAUUGGAGCUUUUAACGGGCAAAGCUCCAAACCAAGCCUCGUUGGGUGAGGAAGGGAUUGACUUGCCGCGGUGGGUCCAAUCUGUCGUCAGAGAAGAAUGGACCGCCGAGGUUUUUGAUGUGGAGUUAAUGAGAUAUCAAAAUAUAGAAGAAGAGAUGGUUCAGUUGUUGCAAAUAGCAAUGGCGUGUGUAUCGACUGUGCCAGAUCAACGCCCUGCAAUGCAAGAGGUCGUGAGGAUGAUGGAGGAUAUGAAUCGGGCUGAAACGGAUGACGGGUUGAGACAAUCGUCGGAUGACCCGUCAAAGGGAUCCGACGUUCAUACACCUCCAACCGAGACCCGAAACUCACCUGCUACCGUUACACCAUAGACCCGAACAAUCGACAGUAAAAAAUUGAAUAUAGAGUAGAUGAUUAUUAUUUUUUUAAAUUCCCUUUUUGUUUUUUCUUUUGGUGUUUUUAUGUUUAUUUUCAUAUGUGAAAUUGAUUUUUAUGGGUCGGGUUGAUUGUGGAA